AUGGGUGUGAAAUCGGAGUCUGAGGUUGAGCCACAUGAUUCAUGUGACAUGAAGAUGUUACUGAGGACGAAUACUGAUGUGCAAGAAGAGGAUGAGGAUGCUAUUGAGUCUGCUUUGUCUUUUACUUCUGAUCAUGGCAAUGGUUCAUCCUCUUCCCGGCACGUUUCUGUGGAGCGUAAACGAGUACAGUUAGAGUCCCCCGUUCCUUCCCCUCCUGCCGCUAGUAGCGGCCCGCUACUAAGAAGCAGAGACCUGUGA